AUGGCGCAAUUUUUUGGGAGUUUUCAACAUCAAAAGAGAGGGGAUAGUGAGCAAGAGCGCUACCUCGCUGAUGGGGUUCCGCGCUACCUCCACCGGCUCGUCGAUGACACUGAGAACACCCUCAUCGAGCUGCGGAAUGACGAUGAUCGGAAGCCGUGGGAGUCGCAGCACGAGGUGGGCAGCCACGAGCUGAUGGAUUUGAGGAAGUACACGUCGGCUGCCGGCGACGGGAGGAGCCUGAGAAGGACAUCGGUGGUGGGGAUCGUCGGUGGAAGGCUCGUGUGGAAGCAUUGA